UCGAAUUAAGUACGGUGAAGCCUCGAUAUUUUGUCGUGUCAGAGAUUGUUUCAAUACCGUAGCUGGUCCACACGCGCAUAUUCGCGUAUCUUUAAGAAGGACAUUAUGCGUGUAUUUAGGCAAACGGAAAAUAUCGACGUUUCACCGAACUCUUGUAUCUUUUACUCCCUAAUCGGUCACAGUCGAAGGCUAGAAAUUCUAUCGAGGCUCAGAUCGUAAUCGUAACAUGUUGUUAACACGUCAAAUGCCGUAACAUCAAAAUUCCAUUCUAAAUACUCCGAAUGCGCACUAGUAAUCGUCGUAUUGUCACUGACGCAGCCACGAAAAUUUACUUGAAGGUGGCAAUUUAGAAAAAAUUAUUCCUGUAAUUGCUCGAUAAUAAGCAUUAAAUUUGUCAGGUCGAUCUUGGGUAACGCGUGAUCGGCCCGGUGUUGAACGUGUUAACCGCAUGUUCGAUUAACGCGACAUCGAUAAUUAUUUUAUUUUGUUUUUCGUAAUACGUUGCGCGGCGAAUGAAGGGAGAACAAGAUUUCGAUGAAAUAUUUUUGCGAGUCCGAAGGAACGUUGCUGCUUGGACAUGUUGGAUUUUCACGACUUUUACAAGCAUUUUCCUCUCGUACAUGUGUAUUCGAUUCACCGUGGCGGUAGAAUCGUAGUCUCAGGGUUACAAACAAAACAAAAUAAAACAACCAACAAAUAAAAUACAAAACAAACGAUACAAAUUUAGACACGUAUAAAUAGAUAAGGGAGCGAGUAUAAUUGUGGAGCAGGAUAUUAUAAUAGUAAAUGAUAGUAGUAACAAGGAUGAUGAAAAUAUUGAUGAUUAUGACGACGAUGAUGAUAAUAAUAAUAACAACAACCAACAACAACAAUAAUAAUAAUAUUAAUCUUAAUAAUAUAAUAAUAAUAAUAGUAAUAAUAAUAAUAAUAAAAAUAAUAAUAAUAGAUAACAAUAAUAGAUAUAAAUAUUAACGACGCCGGCGACGACGACGAUAACGAUGAAGAAAAAUAUGGAUGAUUCCGAUGACGAUGAGUAUGAUGGUAAUAAAGAUAACGAUAACAAAAGAUACUGUAAAUAUGCAGUGGAUCUUUACGUUGUACAAUCGAAACUUGUGUAUAUUUGCUUGCAUUUUACCUGCAGUUUCUUCUUUCUUCCUUCGAUCCUUCGAUUACGAUAUACCGCUCUUCUUAACUUUACGGCUUUAAAAUAUACACAUUGUAGCGUUCUCGUUACUUUCGUUGUAUCGUGUCAUCGCGUACCGUGAGUACGUCUUCCUGUCACGGAAAGAACGAGUCCGUGUUAGGAAAGAUGACAAAUGAAUCGCGCCGAGAGACGUUCCAUAUAUCAUAAGUGGACACUGCUUACAACAAUGUGGAUUUCAGGGGAUAGAGAAACAUUUAUUCACUCGCGAUACUUUUGUUUUUAUCGAAGUAACGAAAGAAAUUACUACAGUAUGAUUCUUUUCUAGUAAAUAACUAUUAUGUUUUUAACGCGAAUAUUUUGAAAUAAAGAGAAUACUUGGUUCUAAAUAAGAGUACCGGUACGCGUACGUUAGGUUUCCUUGCUAGGCUAUCCUUACGUUGCUAGGUUUUCCGUUCGCUCAAAGUUCAUUUUAUAUUUUCUUUCUUCCCGGUAUCUUUCGUUGAACAAACACGAUCGUUUCGAGCGCUUUGGAGAUUAAGAUCGCUCGAAGGAAUCGCGCCACGGUAGAAAAAUGCUUGUUCGCGGUUUUCGAAUAAGCCGAUUUCAACGAAAUAGUAUACCGGUCGGUGGUCAGUUCACGCUGUAAUCAUGUCGGGAGAGGUGGUUUCGCGUUUGUUUCUCUGUCUGCUAACCUUUUGCUUUCUUCCAAAGUUUUCUGGUAAGCCGUAUUUCUUUCUUAUUCAUCGUCAUACCCUCGAGCGAACGAAUUAGUUAACGAUCGUAAAGUGAUCGAAUUUUUCUCCCACAGAAAGCAGUGGUUACGAUAAUUGUUUGAACGUCGAUAUGGUAGAAAUGGAGGAUUAUCUGUCGAAAUUAAACGUGGAGAACGUGGCGACGAUCGAUAGGAUGGUAGGCGGGUCGAAAGGUCCGGCUACCGCAUUGCCAUUCGGUGCCCUCCAAUCUGACUGGGCAAGGAUGUUGCUACUGAUAAAGAGAACGCGAUCGAGCGAUACCGUUCUCGCGGAGAAACUGGCUCGUCUUUUCAGAAUCUUGCGGGCUGUUUAUUUUCGAACCGAAUCCAGCGAAUCAACCUCGUCGACGACAGAGUUUACUGCACGGAACGAAACAACGUUAACAGCGGGAUCGUCAAAACCGGCGGCAGUCGUCGCGUCGAACCGGAGAAAAUUAACGAGAGAUUUUGCCAAGUCGAACGAAUUUAAUACGGCGAAUGUAUCUGCGCCUCGCAAAUUUAUAUUACCGAGUACGGAAUCUUCGAUCUCGACAUUUAAUACGUCGGACGAGUCAAUAUCGAAGAACGUUAACGACUCGAUCCCAACGUUUGCUAUUACUGACCUGGCACGGUUAACCACUACUCUUACCGGCUAUAAAAAAUCGAUCACGGAAAAUGUCGAAGAUAAGCAGACUACUAAUCGUAAAUCAAUAUUUGCUCCCGAAGUUAGUGUAACGACCAGUGAGGUGAAAGGGGAUUUCGAGAGGACAAAAGGUAGAGGUGAUUUUUCCAUAUUUCACGAUUCUUCGAACCUCGUAUCGAACGACACGGAUAUUCGGAGCACAGAGGAUCGCUCGAGGUUCGUCACGAUGCGGUAUCGUAACGUCGCCGAUAGACGGAAUUACAUCUAUAAUAAUAUACCAGUUCGGGAUUUUCAAAAUAUCCCAUCGAAUAAAGUUUUCAUCUAUUCACGAUCGAAUAACGAUUCGUGGAAAUACAUGGUAAAUUAUCGAAACGUCACUUUCGCUCCUUCCACGACGGCGAGAUCAAUCUCCGAAACGGAAAAUACUAACGACGUCGACGGCAAUAUCGAGAAAUUUAAGAAACGCGACAGCUUGAAAAAUUUCCGCUGGUUUUAUAAUUUGGAAGAGAAAGAUACGCGUGUCCGCAACCUUCCUAAUUCCCCGACGAUCAACAUCGAAUGCGAUAGACGCGAUGGAAAAUAAAUUUCUCUCUCAAAUAUUGUUACACCUAUUCUUAAUACAUGGACUAAUUAAUUAUACUCGUCGUUGCCGUUGAAUGUAUAUCUUUCCUUUAUAGAAAUAUUGGUUUCGCGAGGAUCCGUUACACGUAGCUAAAUCUUAUCGACGAUAUUUCGAAUCAGUCCAUAAAUUUACGAUCCAGGACACUAGCGAGUAGCACCAUUUACGAGGUUAGCAGCUGGUUACGUUCGUCGUGUUUUACGAGUCGUCAUAAACGGACUCUUCUUAUUAUCUCGAUUCUUCGCGCAGAAUUUUUCAAAUCGUCACCGUGUCGAUUUUCGGCCAUA